AUGAUAGAUGCUUUGUACAUAUUUUUUAUAAAUGGGCAAUUGCUAAUACAGAGAAAUUAUCGAAAUGUAACUAAAAAGAAUGACCUAAAUCAUUAUAUAAAUAAAUAUAUUAAAACGAAGAGAUUUUUUGAACACCCGAUAAUAGAAAUAAAUAAUGUCUUUUUUAUUAACGUGAAUAUAAAUGAAAUUGUUAUAACCGUUUUGACAAAAAGUAACUCCAAUGUAUGUUUGAUUUUUAAUUUUAUAUAUAAAUUUAUUGAAAUAUUAAAUUAUUUUUUCAAUAAUGAAAUAUCAGGAAUAAAUAUAGUCAAUAAUUUUGUUCUUAUAUACGAAAUAUGUGAUGAAAUAAUUGAUUAUGGAUAUCCACAAACGUUAGAAGUAAAUAUUUUAAAAAACAGCUUGUUAAAUAAAGUAAAAUACUAUAGUAGAACAUCUAAAUAUUUCCAAAAAUUAUCAAAUGAAUUACGAAAUCCAAAUUGUGUCAUUGAAGAUAUUGUACAUGAUACAAAUAUGCAAAAUCAAAAUGAAGGAGUACAUAUGAAAUAUAAUAAAAGAAAUAGUAAAGAUUCUUAUAAAAAAAGCAACUUAAAGAAUACAAAUAGUUAUGAAUUAAAUGAAAAAAACAAAUUAAAAUACAUAGGGAAAGAAACAUUGAACCGAAUUAAAAAUAAAAUUAUUAAUAAUAAUAAACCAGCAAAUAACUUCAACUACAUAACUGGGAAUUGCACCUGGAGAAAUAACAAUAUACAUUAUAAAAAAAAUGAAGUAUAUAUAGACAUACUAGAAAUAUUAAAUGUAACAAUAAAUAGUAAUAAUUUAAUAUAUGCACAUAUUAAUGGAAAGGUAACAUUAAAAUGUUUCCUAUCAGGUAUGCCAAUAUGUGAAUUGAGCACAAAUAACAAAGUUAACUUGCUAAAUAAUGUUAAUAAUGCUAUUGGUGGAAAUAAUCACAAUAAUAUAAAUACCACUAAUAGUAGUUCCAAAAAUAUCACAAAGGGAAAAUCCAAUCAAGGGAACAGCAAAAGGAAAGGCACAAAUGAAGAAAAUGAAGGGGAUGACAUCAUUGUUGAUAAUUGUAUUUUUCACCAUUGUGUUACACUUUCCAAAUAUGAAAAUAGUAAACUUAUUACAUUUACUCCUCCGGAUGGCGCAUUUGAAUUAAUGAAAUAUACAAUUACUAAAAAUAUACAAAUACCGUUUCAUAUUAUAGCCAUUUACAACCCUAUACUUCAAUAUUCCAAAUCGUCAGAAAAAAAAUUUUCGUUAAAAAAGUUAACAAAUAAUAAUAAGAGUAUAUAUGGUGAGUAUAAAAAUACAAACAGAUAUGAAUACGCAGUUACUAUAAAAUCCAAUUAUAAAGGAAGUAUGUAUGCUACAGAUGUUGUUAUAAAAAUACCAAUAUAUAAAUUUUCCGAAAAUGUAGAAGUUAAAUAUAAAUCAACUGGAAAAACAGAAUUUAAUAAUAUUGAAGGAAUCGUUACAUGGAGAAUUAAGAAAUUUUCAAGUUCUAGUGAACACAGCAUUAAAAUAUGCUUAACGUUAGAAAAUCAAAACCAAAUUUAUUCCAACAUGAACAACACACAAAAGGUAGAUGACUUAUCAAAGGUAGUAUUACAAGUGCACAAAGUUAAAAAUAUGAACACUGUUAAAUUUUUAAAUGCGUACAAAAUGCCUAUAACAUUAAGUUUUAAAAUUCCUAUGUUUACGUCAAGUGGUAUGUAUAUCAAAUAUCUUAAAGUUUUUGAAAAGUCAAAUUAUAAAAUUAUUAAGUGGAUUAAGUAUUUAACGGAGUCUGGCAUAUACCAGUACAAAUGA